AUGAGCAUGAUGCAGAAAAUGACAUCUUAUACAUUUGUCCUUUUCCUAAUUCAAUUGCUAUGCACAGCAUCUGCACAGACUGUUAAUAAUUACAGUUGCAGAGCUCUACCUGGGGACUCCCUCUGGCCAUCUACAACAGAGUGGAAUAAACUCAACAAUACGGUCGAUGGUAGAUUGGUAGCCACAGUACCAAUCGCGAGCCCAUGUCAUGAUCCCAACUACGAUGCAACCGAGUGCGCAUAUUUGCAAGCGAAUUGGGCCAAUCCCAGUCUUCAUUUCAAUUCAUCUUCUUCAUUAAUAGCACCAUACUUUGCCGUACUUGGAAAUCAAAGCUGCCAUCCUUUUUCUCCUGAAUCGAGCCCCUGUCCCUUGGGAAACUACGUUGAUUAUGCUGUUGACGUAUCGAAAUCUGACGACAUCAUUGCUGCUAUUAAGUUCGCAAAGAGUCAUAAUGUUCGAUUUGUAAUCCGAAAUACUGGACAUGAUUAUCUGGGCAAGUCAACUGGUGUAGGAGCAUUAGCAGUCUGGACCCAUCACCUAAAGAACAUCUCAUUUUCUGAUUGGUCAUCUGGCUUUUACACUGGAAAAGCCAUGAAAAUUGGUGCUGGCAUCCAAGGAUUCGAUGCUCUCGAAGCUGCGCAUGCGGCAGGCUUUGUGACAGUAGGUGGUGAAUGUCCUACGGUUGGGAUUGCCGGAGGCUACACUCAAGGGGGUGGUCACUCAGCUCUUUCUAGCAACUUUGGAAUGGGUGCUGAUCAAGCCAUAUCCUGGGAAGUUGUGACGGCCAGUGGAGAGCUAGUCACUGCUUCACCAACCGAAAACACGGAUCUAUAUUGGGCUUUGAGUGGGGGUGGUGGGGGUACGUAUGGGGUCGUCGUAUCUCUUACCGUGAAAGUAUAUCCUGACGCAGUUGUCAGCGGUGCAACUCUGGCAUUUUCGGCAACCACUGGCAACACGACCAACGAAACGUUCUGGGCUGGAGUCGAAGCUUUUCAUUCUAAUCUUCCUGCCAUCGUCGACGCAGGCACUAUGGUUGGCUAUGGUGUUACCUCUACAGCUUUUGGUAUACUUGGUAUGACGGCAUAUAAUAAGACUCAAGCUGAUGUUCAAGCUUUAUUGAGCAACUUCACCAACGCACUCACGACUCUGGGCAUCAGUUAUACAGCCGCAUACAUUGAGAACCCAACAUAUCUUGACCAUUAUAACUACACUCGUGGGCCUCUCCCCUAUGGUGCUUGGGGUGGGUCGGGAGUUAAUACUGGCGGCGGCCGAUUAAUACCCAGAAGUGUUAUCCAGGAGAACAACAAAGCCUACGUCGCGACCAUCCGAAACGUUACAAGCACUGGUCUACCUUAUACAGGUGUAGCCAUCAACGUCUCAUCUCCCCACACUACACCCACAGUCGACAAUGCACUACUCCCAGCAUGGCGAGAGGCACUUAUCCAUGUAAUUUUGACCACACCAUGGGACUAUUCCGCACCAAUAUCCGAUAUGGUCGCUGAGCAAUACUGGAUGGCGAAUGAUAUAAUACCGCAAUUCGAAGCACUCACGCCAGGAGGCGGAGGAUAUAUGAAUGAAGGUAAUUUCAGACAACCGAAUUGGCAGGAAACCUUUUAUGGGAAGAACUAUGAUAGGCUUUUGAGGAUAAAAAAUAAGUGGGAUCCGGAUCAUUUGUUUUAUGGGACCACUGCUGUGGGGAGCGAGGCGUGGAGUAUAGCGGAUGAUGGGAGGAUGUGUCGAACUGGUAAUACGACAACUUCGUGA